AUGGCGCAACCAAGUGAAGACCAGACCCGUUAUUGCGCCGAUGCGGAGGCCCACACUUCAAAUCACAUUCUUAGUCCCCAGCCUUCUUUCCAUCCUAUGAAGGAGUCGCUCGUGCAGUCUCUCGAAACAGCCCAUCUACCAGCCUAUACCGACACUUCGUUUCAUGAAAGUCGGCUAUCCCCAAACCUAAGCUACGACUGUAGCUCUUCCAGCUCUUCCAACCGUCACUCAAUUAGCGACAUCUCCAGACAUGAAAUGGAAAACGAUGUGGAGCACAUAAAUUCUCGGGCGUCGAGCCGCUCUUCCGUCUCAUCAGUACCUGCCUCGGUAUUGCUGCACCCAGCAGACCAGCUGGAGCAAUUUGGGAGUCCUGGUCAUCAUAAUCAGGUGGCUGGUUACACGGUGGAAGAAGAUGAGGCAGACUUUGGUGGGUUUGACAGAUCGCCCCAGUCUAUGCGCACAAUCCGCCAGCGAGAAGCCGCAUUUCGCAAACCGAGCUCCGUCCGGGCAAUGCAGAUGUACACCGAGGACGAGGCAGAUGUGGAUGAAUUUUUGUCUCCACCAAGACGGCGCCAGAGUGUCCGAUCCCCGGGAAUGUCUUGCACCAAGCGCUCGUCUUUCUAUUCGCCCAAAACCUCGCACACUAAGCCCGCCAGCAAGAAAGAAUACCCACUUGUUCUGCUUCACUGUACACUACUCGCCCCGUCCCUGCCGGUACCCGGUGCAGCAGAACCGCACUAUCAGAAGAUUGUCGAAGAGGUGUUGCCCUCACAAUACUGGAAACGAUGGCGUCGCCUGCAGGACAAGGUUGGAUCCGGAGUUUUGCGUGAACGUGGUGUCUUGAUCUCUCAUCCGGAAGAUCUCUACGAUGUUUUGGAAGAACGACUAUUAGAGAGUCUGGAGCUUCAACGUCCGAUAGUACACAGAGGUCAUUUCAUUGGCCAUGAGAAAGCGGGCGCAGGCUCUGAAGAGGAAACUUCCGACAGGGACGACAGUGAGACUGAUGGAGAACAAGGGGAUGAAUGUCCCGACUGCGGAGGACGAGUUCUGCAUCACAGCGACGUCAAUCGGAAAUGGGAAAUCCGGGUUUACGCCGCGAAUGGCCUCAUGCGCGCUGGCGCCUGGGCUGCUGCAUGGAAAGAGAUGGAGAAGGUCGAUGUGGAGGUCGGCGUAUGGCUACCAUCUGAUGUACGCCGUGCGUUGGAGAAACGACUUGAGGAAGCGCUUCCGGCCGUUGCUUCACAAUCCAUUGAGAUUCCCCUUGCGCCCAGUGACUCGGUAACUCCGAGAAUGGAACUUCCAGCGGCGCCAUUUUAUUCACAAUCGAAUGUGUUAAAAGACAUCAAGCCUGGCGCCAACGACAUGCACCACUUUAAUGCUGGGAAGUCUAACGUCCAUCCUCGUGAACCCGGGAGCAAAGCGAACAAUGAAAUUCCUCUGCGGACUCUUUUGUUCAACUACAUUAGAGUUCUGGCCGCUGACAGGCGCAAUAUUGCCCUGGCUGUCAUGAGUGUACUGGUUGUCUUUCUGACCAUUGGAAUGCGCUCUCAGAAUGAUCAGAUUGAGCAUGUAUUGCACGCAUUCUCUCAAGAUGAGCCUCAUGCACCAUCGCUGAUAGCGCAAGUCAAUGUUGUUACGGCUGUUCCAGUACUAUCGACGAUCGAUUCAGAUUCCAGCCUCAUGGAAAACCUGAUUCCCACAUCUAGUGUGAUGCUCCCAAUGCCCAUUGCAGAUUCACCUGUUCAGCUGCGUGCCAAACAGACUUUCAGCUCCAUUCCUGCUGCCGCUCCAGAGACUCUCCUAGUUGAUUCGAAGCCAACAGUUGAGAUGGAGUCUCCGGCAGCCACUGGCAUUGCGAUGGACGUAAAGCCUAGGAUUGACGCGUCUGCUACGCCAGUUGUUGAUUCUACCGAACACGCUCCGCUGGUCGAUUCUACCAUCGACUUGGAGCCUACAAUCGCAAGUGUCGUGGGUACUGAAUUUGAGAAUAUUGCUGAAAAUACCGGGGACGCAGAUUCUAUCAUAAACGCUGAAUCUACGAACCUUGAUGAACCUUCUGGACUUGACACGGACGUUGAGCGAACAGAAUUCAAUAAGCCAACCGAGCCAAAGAUAUCCCACCAGGUUUUUGAAUCAGUUGAGGCCGCUGAACCUGCGGCCGAAAGCAACUCUACCGGAAGGGACAUGGAGUCUGCCGUGGAUGCGGGACUCAGCAUCACAUCCGAAGAAAACUCUGACUCUAGUCUCAAAGCCGAGAAAUCAGCCAGCACCGAGUCGAUCAUAUCUGCAAACGCCGAUCCUCGUGAUGAGCACGUGGCCGAAGAAGCGGAUGACUCUUUGUCAGCAUCUGACAAAAUCCACUUGGGAAGUAGCGAGGACGAGUCUUCCAAACUGGGAGACCCAUUCGAAGCGAUUUGCCCGGCUCAUCUGCCAAUCCUCACACACGAAUCAACGUGUCCCAGACUCUGGGAAAUGAAACAUGAAUGA